AUGGAGUAUUUUUCUGGCAGGUGCCGUUGGCGCCUCAAGAUGCUCUUUGCCCCAGUGCUUAUGAUUCUUGGGCUUCACAUGGUUGUCUACUUCAGCUUUCAGGACAUUUGGCAACACUUAACUUCCAGUCAAGCUGGCACAUUAUGGUUUUGGUGGAUGUACUGGAGCUUGGCGGCCAUGCAAGUGGCAUUUUGUAUCUUUGUCAGGGUGUCGAAUUGCUGCUGCCCACGUUCACGCAAUCCUCGUGCUGCUUCCCAACAGAGUAGAAGUAGCGGCUUGCGCAUUGCUGUGCCGAUCAACAUCCAGGCCUAUUGGUUCUUGGAUGAAGUGUACGAUCGAAACUUGCAAGAGCUGGCCAAUAAACUUCAAGCGGGUGGUUGGGAGGUGCUGAAUGGCUGGAAUGACUUAAAGAAGGACCACAUCAGCGUUUUGCUAGAAAUUCUUGAAAAGAGACUUCGAGGAGCUUGGCGGCCAACGAUAUUGCUGUAUAUAUCGUGCCAUUCCCGAAUGGUGUUUGGCUGUCCCCAGUUUCUGCCAGUAGAUGCUGGCAGGUGGGGUGAUGGAGUGUCCAUCUUCAGCCUCGUGAGGAGGCUGAGUGACGUUGUUGGAUGCGGGGAAGCGCGUAUUCACGUGAUGCUGAAUGGUUGCAUGGAGAUUCCCGGCCCUCUUGAGCGAUUCAUUUGGUGCUUGAGGUAUAGCCACAGUCAGGAGGACUUUCGCCUGUCCAGUCGUCGACGUCUUCUGCCGAACAGCGAGGCGCAAGCGUGGAUGCUUUUUGCCUGUCAUCCCGGACGCUCUGUGCCAGGAGAUAUCGAGAGAGGAGGAAUUUUUACGCGGAAGAUCUUGAAUGUCUUGGGGAACAGACUCGGGCCUGAUGAGUCUCGACUUGAGCGACAUUAUGACGAGCUCAUGAGCACCUUGCGCCUUCGCCAGGAUGGUGUGAACGUUCACGCCUUUUUGAUCUCGACCGGCCAUGCGAACAACGCCAACCAGAUAGAUGUGCAAUGUGAGGACGGCCGCGCGGCGCCGUUGGAGGAGCCCCAUACUCAUCGUGCGACGCCAAGCAGCGCUGCCGAUCGUCGGCUCCUGUCCAGUGUUAGCUUUAGUAGGUGCAAGGAUGCAAGUUGGCUGAAGUUCAGACAAGCUCCAAUGCUCCACGUGGCGAAGUGCUCCGAGCUGGGUCAAGCCUGGCCCUUCGAGUCGCUCGUGCCGCUGGAGGAGCUCUUGAAGCACUGUGAGGUUCAGAUUUUGGACCAAGCUGAGGAACGCGCGGCGCUGCUGGGUUUGACCUUGGGCGCCCUGCUGUCCUGCGAGAAGGCCGAGCAGAAGUGGCAGGACUACAUUGGCCCAGGACGAGGGGAGCUGACAGGAGCUCCAUUCGAAGAAGCAGCCAAAGUUGCUCGCUUGCUUCCACGGACCACGAUCAGGCCGGAGAAAGGCCCUGGUCCUCAACACGCCUUUCCUGCCGAAGCGACCGACCCCGUGCCGGCGUCCUCGACUUGCCGGGCCGUGCCGGGGCGGCACGGUUCCGCGCCGCCGAGCGCAUCGGAGGCGCAAGUCACGCUCGACGAGGCUCUGCAGUGCUGGGCCCAGGGCCCAGCCACGUGGAGCAAUGACCAACUGAUCGCGACGCCUUUGGAACGGAAGGAUUUAAGAGAGAUCGAGCCCAUGAAGGAAGACUGCCUCCAGCAGAUCUUAGACCUGGUGCGGCCCACCUUCCGGGACAAGCUCAGGUCGCCGGCUUCGCCGCAGCGGGUGUCCUUGGACCUGGUAGGUUCCUACCUGCCCUGGCCGCGGAUCCUAGCGGCCCAUGAGAAGAUGCCUCAAAUCAUCGGUUCUGGCCUGGUGUCCUUCCGGUUGAUGAUGGACUGGAACAUCCUGGACCAACAAGGACCGAGUGGCUUGUUUUUAACCAGAACUCUCUCGACCGUGUUCGCCAUGUUGGAAUAUCACCAUCGGGCGACCUGGUUUGGUCAAGACAUGGUGGCGAUGUCCCCAUUUGAAGUGGCGACUUGGGAGAGAAAAGGCCGCCUUCCAGACACUCUGGCGAGUCGGCUCAGUGCCCAGAUGGGCAGGUGA